AUGUCCUUGACGAAGCUGACUUGCAGAAAGAGGAGGACGGAGAAGGCGUGGCUCCGUGUGAAGAGCAAGGACUUGGACUCCAGCGAGGUGGAGGACCUGAUCCUUGACACUGAGCUCCUCACGCCGUUGCAGCAGCAGAGGAAGAAGAAGGAAGUCGAAAUGGAGAAGAAGCGUCUCGAGCAGCUGCCUCCGGAGGAGAGGGAGGAGAAGCAGGAAGAGCGCAAGACGAAAGCAAAACAUAAAUUGGCGCAGCGCUUGGCAAGGGAGGCGCUGGCGAACCACGCCAAGGAGCAGGGCCUUCAGAAGGUGCCGCACCAAUUUGAGGAUGAGGUGCACUACAUCGCAAGCUUCAUGCCCCUCUACUUCCGGGAGUGCCAGGCGCAGAUUCAGCGCUGCAAGGAUUCGGAGAUGCUCAAAGAGGCGGAGAGGGUCCGGUUCCACGCCUUCCGCCUGGAGGAGCCUUUCGUGAAGCUGGAACUGCUCCGGACCAAAGAGGCCUGCACAGUGACUCAGUAUAGCGGCCAAGACUUGGUCCUGCUCACGCAAGAGGAGGAUCUUUCCAAGCCGCAUCACGUGCACCUGCUGGGCCUGGUGGACCACUCCGUCAUGCAGAACGUCCACCUUACGGUUUGCGUCGACAUGGCCAGCAAACCCGGCUCCAGGAUGAAGGAGGUGGCCAACCUGAUUGCCAAAGAAGCGCCAUGGUACAUGGUCAAGGUGACCUCCAUGUCCACGCAGAUUCGGGAGUUCGAAGGCAUGAAAGCCCUGCCGGAGAUCUUUCUCAAGGAGACCAUCCUCAACCGUGAGGACGUGCCAGGCGACGAGGGCACCGAGAUGCAGGCGGCCUCCGCGCUGGAGCUGGGGGCCGCGCCCAAGCUGCGCCUGGACGAGCGGACGUUGGUGCUCCCCGAGGCCAUGGAGCAGUGGCUGCAAUCCAGGUACAACGAGUCCCAGCAGAAUGCCAUUCGCGAUUCGCAGAAGGUGCAGGGCAUCACCUUGGUGCAGGGGCCCCCGGGCACUGGGAAGACAACCACGGUGAUGGCCAUCAUUGCGGGCCUUUUGGGCGCCAACCGACAGGCGCGCCAGGAAGAAUGGGAAAGAGGCGCACGUAGAGGCCGUCUUGGAGGACUGCAGUGA